ACACUGUUUUGACAGUAUACCGGCGCGGACAGAAGGAAGGAAGGCGUGCGGUGCGAGCGAGUUUUCGAGAAAAAUAAUUUCGAUUCGAGUGUCUUCUACUGCCAAAGUGCGUAGUACUGCGACUUCGAUUGCAGUGGUAGAUUGGAUUAAUCUCAUUAAUUCUGACAAAUAGUAAUUAAGAAAAUAAAAAAUGACCGUGGAUCAAGGAGUUGAUAUCACAAAGGCUGGUGACCGCGGUGUGCUGAAGCGAAUCAUCAAGGAGGGUGAGGGGGCCGACACUCCUAACCCUGGUUGCCAAGUGACUGUUCAUUACACUGGCACGUUGCUGGAUGGCACCAAAUUCGACUCCAGCAAGGACAGGAAUGAUCCGUUCGAAUUUCAACUUGGCAAAGGUGUAGUAAUCAAAGCAUGGGACAUUGGUGUAGCGACCAUGAAGAAGGGCGAGGUCUGUGUGCUGACCUGCGCUCCGGAGUAUGCAUAUGGAGCUGCCGGCAGUCCACCCAAAAUCCCGCCCAAUUCUACUCUUCAGUUUGAGAUUGAGAUGAUAGACUGGAAGGUGGAAGACCUUAGUCCAGGGAAGAACAAAGGCAUCUUAAGGCAUAUCAUUGAACAGGGCUCCGGGGAGUAUGAGAGCCCCAAAGACGGAUCCCUAGUCACAGUGGAGCUGGAAGGCAAGCUGGUGUCAGACGGGAAGGUGUUCGACUCUCGGACAGUGACCUUCUCCCUCGGAGAAGGCAGCGAGAGCAACGUCUGCGAGGGGAUAGAGAGGGCGCUAGAGAAGUUUCAGAAGGGGGAAAAGGCGCGGCUCACUAUACAGCCCAAAUAUGCGUUUAAAUCUGAAGGUAACACAGAACUCGGAGUGCCUCCGAAUGCAGCUGUAGAAUAUAUAGUCAAGUUGGUGAGCUUCGAGAAGGUCAAGGAGUCGUGGUCCAUGGACGGGGAGGAGAUGCUGGAGCAAGCCAGGAUCUUCAAGGAGAAGGGCACUAACUACUUCAAAGCGAACAAGUUCCAACUGGCAAUUAAGAUGUACAAGAGAAUUGUGCCGCUCCUUUCUGACAUGCCAGAGGACUCGAGCCAGACAGAAGAGAACAGGAAACAAGCGAAAGAACUGCUCAUUUCAGCUUAUUUGAACCUCUCGCUUGUCUACCUGAAGGUAACGCCGGCCCACAACUUCGAGGCCAAGGAGAACGCGUCCAAAGCGCUGAAGCUGGAGCCCGGGAACGUGAAGGGCCUGUUCCGACGCGGACGCGCGCUGCGGGCGCUGGCGGAGCCCGACGCGGCGCUGCGGGACUUCCGAGCCGUCAUGCAGGCCGAGCCACACAAUAAGGCGGCGGCCAACGAGGCGCAGCUGUGCCGCGCGGCGCUGCAGCAGCAGCGGCGGCGCGAGAAGCAGCUGUACGCCAACAUGUUCGACAAGUUCGCCAAGCACGACAACGAGGUAACAGCUGGAGAAGCAAAGAGCUAGACAGGAGGUGGACGUGAUAGGCGAGAAGGUGGGCGAGUGGGGCGCGGGCGAGGGCGAGUGGACCGACCAGCAGCGCGACCGCAAGCCCACGGACUUCGAGCGCGAGAACCCCAACAUCCUCAUGCUCAACAGGGACGGACAGUUCCACAACAUGUGAGCUGUGAGUCGCACACUGGCACACCUCAUUCCACAAGCCCGUUCGAGUGUUACGCAACGCAAUCUGCACAGUAAAUGUGUGUGUGCUCCGCUUGUUAUGUGGUUGUAUGGCGACGAUUUAGGCCGCGCGCGAUCUUUCUCGAUGUUAGCGGUAAAUCGAGAAACAAAAAAUUUCGAGCUGUAAAAACAAGUCAAAAAUCUUCGAUAAUUGCGUUACGUAAUACUUGAUCGCCUCAAAUUUCUUAUCCUCUGCGUCCACGAAUCCCCAUCGCGCCAGGGGAUAAAAUUCCAGAUGUUUUCGUAAAAAAAAAAUCUCAGAUGAAUCCCUUGGCAGAAAAUUUUUAAACUUUGUCCACAGAUUCAAAAGGACGCCUUAUUCCAUAAAUAUAUUAUUUCUACUCGAAGAAUUUGUAGACUGGUUUAGGAUGAUGAGGAUUUGUGGAUAAGCUGUGUUUGAAUAAGUAUUGGUUGAUUCGACAGGUCUGUCCAUUGAUAUAUUUUCACUGGGUAUAGCACUCGCGACAUUAUUUUUCGUAAUCGUUACAAGUCAAUGUCAACUUUGUACUGAUGUAUAUAAAACUGAAAUUUGUUUCACAUUCUCAAAGGUUUAAACAGUUUAAAAUUAUUUAGUAAUAACACGUCACCAGUCCAUUUUUUUAUUACCAACAUAACACUAGUAAUAAACAAAAAAACACAGCUCAAUGGUACAGUCAACCACAGAUUGUUACCUUCCAUGGCACUCUAUGCGAUGGUAAUAGGGGCGAAAUUGCAAUAUUUUUUUGUAAGUUUCUGUUGACUGUAUUAUGUUGUGGUAGUUAUUUGGCAAUUUCAGUGACAGAUAUGACGUAUCAUCUAAUGCGGCGCAGAACAUUCCCUACAGACAGACUGUCCUGUUCUUUUCUUGCUAGAUCUAAUGCAACUCUUCUAAUUUUUGUUUAUGUUUUGAUGCGAAAUCGCGCUUGUAUCAUAUUUUUAUUGCAAAGGUUAUGACUUAUGGGUAUAACCUAACCUAAUCCAAGAGUAACAUUUAUUAAAAAGCACACACUUUUAAUAAAAAUCUUUGUAAAUCUUUUACAAAGUUCACAUGUUAAACAUACAUACAUAUAACAAGAAGGUAAUAAUGACGGACUUAUCCCAUGAAGGGAUCUCUACCAGUCAACCAGCGAUAGUUAAUGUUAUUCUCGGCUUAGACUGAAUGCUAUUCUUUGUUUUGUCUCGUUCUUUCAACGUCGAACACGUAGACUAUAGAGAGGGACAAAACAAAGCAUAACUCAUUCUUCACCAGCGCCCCCUAGCGAUGAAUUCAAUCGCGUUAGCUAUUUUAAACACGAUUGCGUUGAGAAUACUGCUUUAUUAUUAGCAUUGGAUGUUAUUUGCCUUCAAAUGUAGUACAAAUAUUAUUUCAAGAAUUUAUUCAUAUUCUAUUGCCAGAGUAACACGGAUAGUGCCUUUCAGAUAUGUUUGUAUGUGUAUACGACAUAGCCUACAGACCACAUGGACAAAUAAGCUGUUAGGAAUUUUAAAUGUUUUUCAUAUAAUUUCUCACCACGGAUCUCCUUACCAAAUCAAUUAAUUUACGAUUUUCUAAUAUUUAGGACACUUUCUCUACAAUAUUUGUAGUUUUGUGGCAGAUUUGGUCACGUGUUUUUUUUUUACUUUUAAAUGUGGUGUGAAUGGAAUAUUUUAGUUUGUAAUUUCAAAAGGUGUUUGGAUAUAUUUGUUUGGCGUAGUUCAAUAACAAUAAGGAACAAUACGUAUUUUAAUUGAAUGCCAAUUUGGGAAUCACAUUUCAGCCAAUCACAACGAAUUAACUGAAUUUUAUAUUCCUUUUCUGAUCCACGCGAAACAGAACAGUGCCCUCUUUUUUUUUUUCUUUGUGGCAAUCAAACUUCUUCAAUAGAGCUCAAUGGAUCUAGAUUCUGUUAUUGCCAGGUAGAAAAAUAGUUUCCAUUACUGUCGAUAGUAUCGAAGAAGAAUAACAAUCGAUAGGUAGAAGUUAUCUAUAGUAUAAAAACUAUAGCUCAGAAAGAGUAAACACUAUCGAUAUUGGCUUCAUAUAAUAUAUAGUAUCGACAAAACUAUCGAUAGUUCCAUUGCCGAAUUAAUUAUCGCUCUAUUUACAACGUUGUGAGAUAUGGUGGCAAAGUGACAAUAUAUUUGUUCAAAGAUAAAAAUAUUUUGGGCAGUUAUCCAUAAGCGUCAGAAAAGAAGUAUAGAAUAUAUUCAGUUUUAUACUUACGUGCUUGUGUGUACUUAUUGUCAAUUUAUAAUGGAUGAAAUCAUUUUAUACCUUACCACCAAUACAAAAGGUUGAAAUUUGCUGAAAUCGUUUGUUCGGCCGGGUCUCGAGCUCUUUAGCCUUGUUGCGUGUAAUACGUUUGUGUACAUUGCGGGUUUCUUAUGUCAUACUGUUCUGUAUAAAUAAUCGUGAUAUGGAUUAAUUUUAAAUAAAUUGUUAUCAGUCA